AUGGGGAUCGGUGGCACAGUCAACCCCAUACAGGCAGUGGCAGUAGCGCGCGGUCAGCAUGCUGAAGUUUCACUAACCUCAAGCACCCCAACUGCUAAACAAACAGCAAGUGUGACUAAGCAUAAGAAACAGAACACGGAAAUGUCUCAUCUGCAUCAUGGGCAGUGCUUAACAACAGGGGGUGGUUCGGUUCUGAAUGUCACAACGGGAAGUCCUUCGUUUGCUUCGCUCAUAACUCCUGAAGUAGUGAGCCGUUCACCUCUACGCUCAGGAAAAACGCCAUUUGGUAGUGGUGCAUGGCAGGGUGUGCAGGAGCAGGACAACUUCAGUAGCGCAAGUGACAGCGCGCAGGCAGUUGCGGCAACAGGGAUGGGACAUGGUUGGCAAGGAGCAGAGCGGGUGAGCAGUAGGGCAAGGGGGGGUUCAUCUCAGCAUGGCAAGGCAGCCCAAGUGCUGGGUACAUUGGAUCGCAAGCAGCCACCCCUGCACAGGUGGGAUGGAGUGGAAGGGUCCAAUGACAGGGCGGUUCCAAUGGCAGGGCAGUUCCAGCAGCAGGAUGGCCAAAGAGUGGCGGUGGCAAACAAGCAGGAGAUGGUGAUGUCGGAGUGGGAAUGUGCGUCGGGAAGGUUGGAGAUGGGCAAGUGCCAACAGGCACUUUCAGGGCAUUCAGGAGGGGGGGAUGACAGGGCAGUUGUGCCCAAGCAGUGGACAGGUGGGUUGGAUCACAAGCAGCUGCAGCAGGUGCACUACUCUGUGAGGCAUGUGGGCAGUGGAGAUAGCGAAAGAACAGCGCAAGCACAGCAGAAAACAUUCAAAGAGCAGUAG